GUACUGGGUUUUGAUUGGAGCCCUGCACAGUGUGAGUGUCUCUGGUGGUUUACUGUAGAAUAAAGAGAGCGAGUGAACAGCCUGCCCUGCAGUUCUUUUUUUCCUCAGUUUCUAAGGUAGAAUAUAUAGGCGCUGUGUUUUUUUUUUUCUACACCUCUUGCACAGUAGAAAUCCCCUAGAGAAACAGCUCAAUCUCGACUUGACUGACAGCUGUAACAUCUCUCAGGGCUUCAUCGAUCCGGUCUCAAAUAAAACUGAAUGUGUUUGACCACUUUUGCUCCCAGUGUGUUUUCAGUGGAGAGAGAACACAACCAAGGACUGUGCUCAUCAUGAAGGUUGGAUGAAUGAAUAUUUUUCGAGGACAUCACUUCUGUGAGAGGCUGCAGAAGCUGCAUCAUCCACUCGUCUUAAUAACUCUUGUUGCGUUUGAGUACCAUCACUUGCAGCAGCUUUUCAACCAUGACAACAUUUGACUUCUCGGAUAUAGAGGCGUUUUUGGACUGCCACCCGGAUCUCUUCGAGGAGUAUUUGGUUCGGAAGGCGAAAUGUGAGCAGGUGAGCAGAUGGUUGAAGGAGCAUCAGCCGUCCAAAGUGUCCACCACCACAGCAGAGGAGGAGAAGCGCACUGUUGCUGCUGCAGCCUGCAGAAGAGAUCCUCUAUGGCCGAGCAACCCAGACGGACUCCGGCGCAGAUCGUCCCACAUGGAGCUGCGACGCAACUUUGCCCGGUCCAAAGCAACCACCGCACACCGGACCUACGACGAGCACGUCAGCCUGAGCGAACACGAGGAGUCCCAGUCCAGCAUGAGGCGCCGUGCGCUCCUGCGUAAAGCCAGCUCCUUACCUCCGACCACCGCGCGCAUCCUGAGCGCACUGCUGGAGUCCAGAGUCAACGUGCCCAUAUACGCGUCUAGUGCCAUCGAUUACAAAUACAGGCUCAAGGAGACCAACGAGAGGGAGUUCUUCUUGGAGUUAGUGAAAGAUAUCUCCAAUGAUUUGGACCUGACGAACCUGAGUUACAAGAUCCUGAUCAACGUGUGCAUUCUGGUGGAUGCAGACAGGUGUUCGCUGUUCCUCGUGGAGGGACCCGCGCACAAGAGGACGCUCGUGUCCAAAUUCUUUGAUGUGCACUCUGGCACCACUGUCAGACCUUCAUCCAGCACCUUAAACUCCAAUGAAGUGCAGGUGCCAUGGGGGAAAGGUAUCAUUGGAUAUGUGGCAGAGCAUGGGGAGACUGUGAACACCCCAAACGCCUAUGAGGACCACCGCUUCAGUGAUGAGAUCGACAAGUUAACAGGCUACAAGACUCAGUCCAUCCUCUGCAUGGCCAUCUGUAACAGUGAUGGAGAAGUCAUAGGUGUUGUACAAGCAAUCAACAAAAAUCCUAUGGGCACACCCUUUACCGAGGAUGAUGAGAAGGUACUGCAGAUGUAUCUACCAUUCUGUGGAAUAUCGAUUUGCAAUGCCAAGUUGUUUUCGGAGUCUCGCAAGGAGUAUGAAAGGAGUAGGGCUCUACUGGAGGUGGUCAACGACCUGUUUGAGGAACAGACCGACCUGGAGAAGAUUGUUAGGAAGAUCAUGCAGCGAGCGCUGACCCUGCUGCAGUGUGAACGCUGCUCUGUGCUUCUCCUUGAAGAUAUCGACUCACCUGUUGUGAAGUUCUCCAAGACGUUUGAGCUCAUGUCUCCCCUGUGCAACAUGGACCGUGACAUCAGCCUGGAGAAGCUAUCGUGUUCCGAUUGGCUGAUCAAUAACAGCAUUGCAGAGCUGGUGGCCUCCACAGGACUGCCUGUUAACAUCAGCGACGUGUGUCAGGACCCACGCUUUGAUGCUGAGGCGGAUCAGGCUUCGGGGUUUCACAUCAGAUCAGUGUUAUGUGUCCCUAUCUGGAAUCGAACUCAUCAGAUUAUUGGGGUUGCACAGAUUCUGAAUCGCUUGGACAGGAAGACAUUCAAUGAUGCAGAUCAGAGACUGUUUGAGGCAUUUGUGAUAUUCUGUGGACUUGGAAUCAACAACACGAUGAUGUACAAUCAGGUUAAGAAGACGUGGGCCAAGCAGUCUGUAGCACUGGAUAUGUUGUCCUACCAUGCUACCUGUUCCAAGGUAGAAGUUGACAGACUAAAGGCAGCUAAGAUCCCCCUGAGCACUGAGUUAGGCAUCGACGAGUUUCACUUCAACGACUUCUCUUUGGACAAUGACGCCAUGAUCACCGCGUCACUACGGAUGUUUCUUGAACUCGGUGUCGUCCAAAAGUUUAAAAUUGACUAUGAGGUUUUGUGCCGCUGGCUUUUGACUGUGAGAAAAAACUAUCGAACUGUGGCGUAUCACAACUGGAGGCAUGCCUUCAACGUGUCGCAGUGCAUGUUCGCUAUGAUCACAACAGCCAAUUUCCAGGAUGUCCUGUCAGAGGCUGAGAUACUGGCUCUGAUGGUCGGCUGCCUGUGUCACGACUUGGACCACCGAGGCACCAACAACGCAUUUCAAGCCAAGACAGGAUCUGCUCUGGCUACGCUCUACGGGACGUCAGCCACGCUGGAGCAUCAUCACUUCAACCAUGCAGUCAUGAUCCUACAAAGUGAGGGUCAUAAUAUCUUUGCAAACCUCUGCUCUAAAGAGUAUAGCGACAUGAUGCAACUAUUGAAGCAGGCUAUUCUCGCCACAGACCUUACUUUGCACUUUGAGCGCAGAAACAAGUUCUUUGAGUGUGUUCUCUCAGGAGAAUUCAGCUGGACAGAUGAAGGACACAGAGAAGUUCUCAGGUCCAUGCUGAUGACUGGAUGCGAUCUGGGCGCUGUCACUCGUCCUUGGAAGAUAUCAAAACAGGUUGCAGAGCUGGUGACGAGUGAAUUCUUUGAACAAGGUGACAGAGAGAGGUCUGAGCUUAAGUUGACCCCAGCGGCCAUAUUUGAUCGCAAUCGCAAAGAUGAACUACCGGCCUUACAGCUGGAGUGGAUAGAUGGGAUAUGUAAACCCCUUUACGAGGCAAUGCUGAAGCUCAACAGGAAGUUGCAGCCGAUGGUCGAUGGGAUGGACGCCAAUCGAAACAAAUGGCUGGAGCUCAGCUCCUCCAAUCAGGAGACCCGCAGAGCCUCAGUGUCCAAUCAGAGUGAGGAAUCAGAUCAGAGUCCUGAGCCCCAUGAAGCAGUAACAAAUGAACACCCAGACUCCACAGAUACUCUGAAGCCAGUUGAAAACACCACGUUUGGGUCAAAGUCUAAGAGCAGUCAGGACCUGAGGUUCAGAGUAAACCAAGGUUCAUGUGAUGAUCAACCAGAAUCAGCUGACAACAUCAUAUUAGCAGGAAAGAAGUAAAGCAGGCUGUGUUCAAGGGUAACUUUGGUAUUUUUCAACCCUGGAUCUUAUUUUCCCAUGUUUUUUUGUUUAAGUGACUAAUGGGGACAACACUUUUUGAAAUUGGCUCAGUAUUGAGGGAUAACUCUGUAACCGUCAGCUGCUAAAACGAGCUACAAGGGCGCCGCAUCAAUUCUUUCACACACAUGUACAGGCAUUUUGGGUUGCGCCAUUGUUGUUGGAGGUGCAAACACUGGAGGCAAAGGUAUGCAGCGCACAAUGCAGCUGCGAGGGUAGAGCGUGACGUCACUGUGCGUAAAAGAAUGUAACGUUACAUCCACUAAAAGUUCUUUACUACUCUUUACAGCAUUCUUCCCCCGUGGGUAUAGAUAGGGUCACAGCACCCACAGGAACACAACCAGUCUCUGGAGCUUCGUGGCCUUGCAGCAGCUGGUUCACCAGUAGGCCAUUGAAUUAAAAGACCUCAUCCACAUAGUCAGAAUCAUUUAAAUAUUCAGCCGUGACAUUUUUUGUCCUCCGACGCAACAAACUCUGCCCGGCUGGCACUUGCGUUUCCACCAUGGAUGUAUUCCACUAUUCCACCGUUGUCUUCGGGCAACGCAUCACCUCACGAGAUUUCAGAACAAGACUUCUCCUUGGGCGAGACUCUUUCCAUAAUGUCAGACAUUUAUAAUAACAAUCAGAGCAUGUCCAGUUUGAAAAAUACCGAAGUUAACGUUAAGUAGGCUAUGGGUUUAUCCAUUAAAUGGCUCACAUGGGACACUUCCCAUACCCUGUGACUGUCUAACACAUGCACUACCCAAAAUGAUUUUAAAAAGUCUGGGUAAAUUUGCAGUUUUCAUCUGCUGAGCACAUUGCUUCUCCCAAGUGUCACUGUGUUAAACUCAGGAGCGUGAAUAAUUCCUGUUGGUUAAACAAUAUUUAAAGGGGCAGUUUCCGAAUUCCCAUUUCUACCUACCUACCUACCUAGCUAUCUGAAUGCUUUUCAUGCCUGAGAUGUAUAAGAAUGAGAGACUACUGUUGAAACCAAAGAGGGCCACUUAUUACUGUAAUGGGAACUGCCUCAAAACCACAAGCCCACUGGAACACCUUUACAAAACAAAAACAAAAAAGGAAUCACUGUGAUUUCUCUCACAUAAAAACACAAAUUGCCAUUAUGAAUGUCGACCGGAGCAUGAUCUUGUUCCUGAAUGUUUCUCACUGUCUUACCUCAGUUGCAAAUCUUUGGCUGCAUGGCAUUAUUUUCAAUGUUUGUAGGUUAACCGAGCCUGCGGCCGUCAACUUGUUCUGUGAAUUGCAUGUGUUUAUCAUGAAGACGUCGUAUCUCUAGGUAAGGAAUAAGGCCAAGAUGUUAGUGUAUUGAUUUUGUAAGGAAGGUCACUGAUAAAAUCCAAACCCUUCAGGGCUGAUUGUGUGCGUCAGUGUGUGUGAGACCUCCUAAUUCCUUAAAAAUGUUGACACAAAUGAAUACAAAUGGUUUUAUCUUAUGGGUCUGAACGUAACUUACUGUAAAGGUAUAGUUUCUGUAAUAUUUGUACAACAUUGAUUCUUUAUUUCCCACCUGAGUGAGAAAAAUCGGUGUGUCUGCAAUGCCUAAAUCGAAUUUCCGUUUACAAGCGCCCACAUGUGACUGUGAUUGUUAUUGAUAGGCGAAUGAGUACAUUGCGUUACAGUAAACCCUCAGGAUGUCAGGGAUGACUCCACACAUACAGAAUGCAUUAGCUGAGCAACGUUUGGCUAAUCUUAUUGUUCCAUAUAUCUAUAAGCUGCAAACAUCAGCAUGAAAAACAUCAAUGAGUUUAAGAAGGAAAAAUUCUCCAAAAUCUGAACUAUGACUUUAGAAGACUUCAGUUUUUUACAUACAGUAUGUAAAGAAAUGCCUAAAUAGAAGUUGUAAGGUUCUUAUAAAGCAGAAUAUGUAUAUACAGUAGCUAUGUAUCCAUUGUUUGAGAUCCAUCACAGUAUUUGUAGUUCUGGGCAGCAUGCCGAUUAUGUUGAAACUGCAUGUAUCAUGUUUGAUAUUGACACUGGACAUUAUCUUGAUGCCUUUGACUGCCCUAUGAGAUUUGCUUUGCAUGAAGUUUCUGUAAGGGAAAUACUAAGUGUUGUUAUGUAAGAAUUUUGUCGCUGCACUAUUGUUGUUGAGAACAGAUAAAGAUUUCUAUUUUCGAUCACAGACUGUACCAAAAUUAUACACCCAUUAUUUUUCAUACAUCGGACUCUAUAUUUAUGCAAGAUGUAGAAUUGGCAUUUUCUCCUGCUAUUUAUAAACCGUCAACUAAAAAGACAUUAUUAGAGAAGACAAGAAAGUGCUACAUUUCAGAUAAAAGGGAGUAAAUCAACCUCCAACUGGUUUUGUGAAUAAAAUGCUGUGGCAUGAAAACUGA